UAUGUCUGGAGAAUAGCCUAUACUUAAAGCAUCUAAUGUUAAAUUAGACACAAUUGUAAUUCUUAUAUCCAUUUUAGGCUGCCAUGAAAAUUAUGAAACUAGGUAAUGAUAAUCCAACUGCCAAUUAGUAUGGCUAUCUAUUAGGAAUUAUUGAAAGUGAAACAAUUGAAGUCACAAAUUGUUUCCCUAUUAUUGAUGUUGAUGAAGAAUAAGAUCAAUAAUAUGAAUAUUUAGAUUAUGCAAAAAAACAUCAUUUGGAUUUCCAUAAGCUUGGCCUUUAUGUUAUUACAGAUCAAAAUAGACAUUUUACUUUAGAUUAAUUUGAAGAUAUAAAUAGACUUCAAUUCUAUGUUAAAUAUGCCUUUGUCUUAGUAUACUCUUUGUAAUUAGCUAAAUCUGGUCAUUCUUAACCAUUUUAAGCAUUUGUGGUAUUUUUUUAUCCUUAUUAAUAGAUUAAUGAGAAAUAUGCUGAAAUAUAUUCUAAAGAUGAAAUUCCUGUCUUAAAUAUUAAGAAUGAUAAGAUAUAUAGACAACUUCCAUUAGAAUUACUUAAGACCCCAUUGACAUAAGUAUAUAUUAUAUUAUAAUUAGGCAUUUUUGUAUCAAUAUAGAGCAUCUAUUGAAGAGAAAUUUAAAAAUGAAGAAACCAAAUUCACAUCCAACAUCUAAAAUUAUGGUCGAUAAUUAAUUGAAACUAUUGAAGAAUAAGUGACUUUAUCAGAUAAAAUCAAUUCUUCUACUUAAAAUAAGAAAGAAGGUGAUAAAGUAAUUAAUAAUAUCUAAUUAAUUAGCAACCUGAAUUAUUAGAAUAUUUAAUAUCCAUGAAUAAACUUUAUUAUUUGGCAGAAGCAAUUAAGAGAGAAACCUAAUACACAUUAGAAACAGAAUAAGUAUUGACAAAUAUAUUAAAAUAAUGAUU